AUGACUCCCAAGGGAUCCCGUAAGAGGGUGAGGCCCAGUCCUUCUGGUGCGGAAUCACUUUCCCCCACAUCCCCAAACAAUAGCGUUCCAGACCGCUUAGAAUCCAAGAGCCACGACCGCCGAACAAGUUGGUAUCCGGGGUCCUGGUCACCUAUAUCUAAGGCAGCCCCAGUUACUGAGGUCGCUCAUGAGAGCAUCGAAGUCGCCCAACACGGGGUGUCUAUUGUCGCCGAGUCCACGACAUCUCUUCUCGAUACCACUAAACUCUUUCGUAAUCCCUCUCUUCGAUUGACCAAGAUCGCUGCUGCGUCUACCCGGUCUCUCCCCGCCAACGCAACUACAACUCGACUCAACAUUGAAUCAGAAGGUUCGGCCUCAACAACGGCCCUGGAUAAUUUAGAAUCUUCAGCGACACAUACCCUGGCACAUCAAGGAACUACCAGAAAGCCAUUCGAGAAAUCGGCCAAUAGUCAAGAGCCCGUCCCUGACGCUCAUCAGGAGUCCUUUACAUCGCAUUCAGGACAUACAGCUACUCCGGAACAAUCCAGUGGGUGGUUUUCGUGGUUUUAUAGAUCUGGCACUGCAGAAAAGAGUGAGCUAGAUAUUCCGGUAUCACUAGAAGCUCCAAACGGGACAAACGAUAAAGCCAUCAAAGACCAAUCGAGCUUGCAUGCAUCUGCGAACAAUCCAGAUCAGCAAGAGCCACGGGACCAGGAGCAGGAGUCGGCAGAAACUGAAAUAGCCACAGCGUCUGUACCGAUGGCGCAGAAGCGGUCGUGGAUGCAGAUGUGGUACGGCUCAGGCCCGUCGACCAAACCGGAAGAGGCACCUACGGAAGCAAUUACAACCAACCUCCCGGAAUCAGUUCCGUCAGGAACUGACAGCAUAGACACAACACAAAAUGAAGUACUAGGAGAUUCAAAUGCAGCUGGUAUAUCACAGGCCCCCGUUGGAAAUACAAGAUCUGGUUGGUCAUUCUGGUCUAAAGACGCUUCGAAAGAAGCAGCACCCACGACCUCUCAGGAUACUGCAGCAUUAGAAGCGACAAUCGACCCCGCCACGCAACCCCGGCAAAAGGGUAUCGAGUCUGACCCGGAAACAAAUGGGAACUUAACCAAGAAAGGCAACAUCCAGGUCAAAUCGGUAAAGGAUAAACGUAUCAAAGAUGGUGUCUUGUCGAGUGUUGAAGUCACUGCCGCUUCUGCAUUACCAGCUGAGCCCCGACCUGCGGAUCCUUCCGCCUCUAAACAGCCGCUGAAGAUCCUGCCCAACCAAGUACUUCCUAAUUUUGAAGAUACCUAUCAUAUAGAAGAGCCUCCUUCCCUCUUUCAAUCACUUGGUCGAUACCUACAGCACAACAAAAGUUCUGGAUAUAUUCAUGUCUCCCGCAUCAAAGAUCCACCACGAAUCAAACGUGCCCUGGCCAUUGGGGUCCACGGGUAUUUUCCUGCGCCUCUGAUUCGGAGUGUGUUGGGACAACCUACUGGAACUUCCAUUCGAUUUUCAAAUAUGGCAGCAGAGUCCAUUCAGAGAUGGACUUCCAACCAUGGAUAUUCCUGCGAAAUUGAAAAAAUCGCACUUGAGGGAGAAGGUCGAAUAACAGAACGAGUGGAUUUGCUUUGGAAGUUGCUUCUGAGUUGGAUGGAAGAGAUUCGCCAGGCCGAUUUCAUCCUGGUAGCAUGUCAUAGUCAAGGAGUACCUGUCUCGAUCAUGCUAGUUGCAAAGCUAAUCGCUAUGGGCUGUGUCAAUGCCGCACGAGUAGGUGUUUGCGCCAUGGCUGGUGUCAAUAUGGGUCCUUUUUCUUCUUAUCAAUCCAGAUGGAUCAGUGGAUCAGCCGGCGAGCUGUUCGACUUUGAACUUCCUUUCAGCAGAGUCUCCAAAGACUAUGAAGCUGCUCUCAAAUGUGCACUUGACUUUGGCGUUCGCAUUUCCUAUGUUGGCAGUAUAGACGAUCAGCUUGUCUCCCUCGAGUCUUCUUUGUUCACCCCGAUAGCCCAUCCAUAUAUUUUCCGGGCCGCUUUUGUCGAUGGCCGAGUUCAUGCCCCAAGCUUUCUUUCACAUCUUGUUGGCUUUGCUCUCAAGCUUCGAAACUUGGGCAUUCCAGAUCACGGUCUUAUCCGCGAACUCAGCACCCCGCUAGCUGGCAGUCUUUAUUCUGGAGAGGGACACUCUCGUCUCUAUGACGAAAAAGCUGUAUACUACAUGGCUGUUCAGUUUGCGCUAGAAACCUCAACAGUUCCUGACCCAAUUCUCAACAUCAAGCGAUCUAGCUCUACUGUACCCCCGAAUCCAUACAUCCUCCCCUUCGCCAUGCGCGGUCUGCUCGAGGAGGACCACGUACGGCGUGAACUACACGACGAGAUGAUGGAACUCCUGCGCCAGUUUGAUGACUGGAAGCCUUCAAGUAAGGUAUUAAAAGAUGUCAAAUUUCGACUGGAGGGCAUUCGAUCCAAGCUUUAA